GGAGCGGGGCGGGCGGGGCGCGGCGGCCGCGGUCACCACCGGCCCUCCCGGGCAGCGCCGACAUGGCCCGGCCGCCGCAGAAGGAGAUCGUCUACAACAAGCUGCUGCCCUACGGCGAGCGCCUGGAGGCCGAGGCCGCCCGCUUCCUCCAGCACAUCAAGGGCAACCUGGCCCGCGCCGUGCAGCUGCAGGAGCUCUGGCCCGGCGGGCUCUUCUGGACCAGGAAGCUCUCGACGUACAUCCGCCUGUACGGCAGGAAGUUCAACAGAGAGGAUCACGUGCUGUUCAUCAAACUGCUCUAUGAGUUGGUGACCAUUCCCAGGCUGGAGAUCAGCAUGAUGCAGGGCUUUGCACGGCUGCUCAUAAACCUGCUGAAGAAAAAAGAGCUGCUUUCCAGGGAUGAUUUGGAGUUGCCAUGGAGACCGCUUUAUGAAAUGCUGGAGAGGAUAUUGUACUCCAAAACAGAACAUCUGGGAUUAAAUUGGUUUCCCAAUUCUGUAGAAAGUGUCCUGAAAACCCUUGUGAAGAGCUGCAGGCCGUAUUUCCCAGAAGACGCCACUGGGGAGAUGCUGGAUGAGUGGAGGCCUUUGAUGUGUCCCUUUGAUGUGACCAUGCAGAAGGCAAUCACCUACUUCGAACUCUUCCUGCCCACCACCCUCCCCCCUGAGCUGCACCACAAGGGCUUCAGGCUUUGGUUUGAUGAAUUUAUAGGCCUUUGGGUGUCAGUUCAAAAUCUUCCCCAGUGGGAAGGGCAUCUGGUGAACCUCUUUGCUCGCCUGGCCACAGACAACAUCGGGUACAUAGACUGGGAUCCGUAUGUUCCAAAGAUUUUUACUAGGAUUCUGAGGAGUUUGAAUCUUCCAGUGGGGAGCAAUCAGGUGGUUGUUCCGAGGUUCUUGACAAACGCUUACGAUGUAGGACAUGCAGUCAUGUGGAUCACAGCCAUGAUGGGUGGCCCAAGUAAGCUGGUGCAGAAGCACUUGUCUGGCCUGUUCAAUAGCAUUGCCUCUUUCUACCAUCCCUCCAACAACGGGCGCUGGCUGAACAAGCUGAUGAAGCUGCUGCAGAGGCUGCCCAGUGGUGUGGUGAGGAGGCUGCACCGCGAGCGCUACAAGAAGGCCACCUGGUUGACUCCCGUGCCCGAGAGCCACAAGCUCACGGACCAGGACGUGACGGACUUUGUGCAGUGCAUCAUCCAGCCUGUUCUCCUGGCCAUGUUCAGUAAAACGGGGAGCCUGGAGGCUGCCCAGGCCCUGCAGAACCUGGCCCUGAUGCGCCCUGAGUUAGUAAUUCCACCUGUGCUUGAGAGGACAUACCCUGCUCUGGAGACCCUGACGGAGCCCCAUCAGCUGACAGCCACCCUGAGCUGUGUCAUCGGGGUGGCUCGCAGCCUGGUGUGCGGGGGGAGGUGGUUUCCUGAAGGUCCAACUCACAUGCUACCUCUGCUGAUGAGAGCCCUGCCCGGGGUGGAUCCCAACGACUUCAGCAAGUGCAUGAUUACAUUCCAGUUCAUUGCAACGUUUUCUACUUUGGUGCCUUUAGUAGACUGUUCAUCUGUAUUGCAAGAGAGAGAUGAUCUUUCAGAGGUGGAAAGGGAGCUGUGCUCUGCAUCUGCUGAAUUUGAGGAUUUUGUGCUGCAGUUUAUGGAUAGGUGCUUUGGCCUUAUAGAGAGCAGCACGCUAGAACAAACCAGAGAGGAGACUGAGACUGAGAAAAUGACUCACCUGGAGAGUCUGGUGGAACUGGGACUCUCUUCUACUUUCAGUACAAUCCUUACUCAGUGUUCAAAGGACAUCUUUAAGGUUGCCUUGGAGAAGGUUUUUAACUUUGCUGUUUCAAAUAUAUUUGAGACGAGAGUUGCUGGUCGAAUGGUCGCCGACAUGUGCCGAGCUGCAGUGAAAUGCCGCCCCGAGGAGUCCCUGAAGCUGUUUGUGCCCCACUGCUGCAACGUUAUAACUCACCUCACAGUCAAUGAUGAUGUGUUACGUGAUGAAGAACUAGAUAAGGAGCUGCUUUGGAAUCUUCAGCUUUUGUCAGAGAUCACUCGUGUGGAUGGAAAGCAGCUGCUUGUGUACAGGGAGCAGUUUGGGAAGAUACUGCAGCGCACCCUCCACUUAACCUGUAAGCAGGGUUACAUUCUGUCUUGUAACCUACUGCACCACCUUCUUCGUUCUGCUACACUUAUCUACCCCACAGAGUACUGCAGUGUGCCAGGUGGCUUUGACAAGCCUCUUUCUGAAUACUUUCCUAUCAAGGACUGGGGUAAACCAGGUGACCUGUGGAACUUGGAUAUCCAGUGGCAUGUUCCCUCGUCUGAGGAAAUAGACUUUGCUUUUUAUUUGCUGGAUACUUUCCUGCAGCCUGAGCUCACCAGGCUGGAGCUCUAUGCCCUUGGAGAACUGGAGAUGUCCAGAGAUGAUGUGCAGCAGAGUCUUGCCAUUGUGCAUAACUGCCUCAUUGGCUCUGGGAACAUUCUGCCUCCUCUGAAAGGAGAAAGGGUGGCUCAUCUGGUCCCAAGUCUGGUGUCUUUGGAAGAGACAAAACUGUACACUGGUGUUGACUAUGAUUUCUCGAGGGAGAAUUACCGAGAAACAAUUGCAAGGGUUACAAGGAAAUUGCUGCGCUACAUUCUUGAUCAUUCAGAAGAUGACACCAAGUCUCUGUUCCUAAUAAUAAAGAUUAUUAGUGAUGUUCUACAGUUCCAGGGGUCUCACAAGCACGAGUUUGACUCACGAUGGAAGAGCUUUAAUCUGGUGAAAAAAUCGAUGGAGAACAGGCUUCAAGGAAAGAAACAACAUAUCAGAGCUCUGCUGAUUGACAGGGUUAUGUUGCAGCAUGAGCUGAGAACACUAACGAUGGAAGGCUGUGAAUAUAAAACUUCCCACCAGGAGAUGAUCAGGGAUCUUCUGUGUUUGUCCACGAGUUCAUAUGGUCAGGUGAGGAGUAAAGCUCAGCAGGCAUUCUUCACAGCUCUGGGGACCUACAACUUCUGCUGCAGAGACAUCAUUCCCUUGGUUCUGGAGUUCCUGCGCCCCGACCGCCAGGAUGUCACCCAAAAGCAAUUUAAAGGUGCCUUAUAUUGUCUCCUUGGAAAUCACAGCGGGGUGUGCUUGGCAAACCUUCACGACUGGGACUGUAUUGCACAGACAUGGCCAGCCAUUGUCUCUUCUGGGCUUAGCAAAGCCAUGUCCUUGGAAAAACCGUCCAUAGUCAGACUCUUCGAUGACCUUGCAGAAAAAAUCCAUCGGCAGUACGAAACCAUUGGGCUGGAUUUCACAGUCCCAGAGAAAUGCAUGGGGGCAGCUGUUAUGCUGCAGAAGUCAGUUCAUCCAGACUCAGACUUCACGGGUCUUGGUUCCGAGGAAAUCCAGCUGGGAAUUCAGCGACAGAAGGAGAAGAGUGCUGAGGCUCUGCGAAACUAUGAAAACUUGGUCAACAAGCUGCUGGACUGCGUGGAACAGAGAAACCUGCCCUGGAAGUUCGAGCACAUCAGCAUUGGCUUCCUGUCCCUGCUGCUGAGGGAUGACAGGCCCCUGCCCGCCCGGGCCAUCAGGUUCUUCGUGCAGUGUCUCAACCACGACGCCAUCGUGGUCAGGAAGGUGGCCAUCUCAGCUGUGGCUGGGAUUCUCAAGCAGCUCAAGAGAACACACAAGAAAGUGCCCAUCUGCCCUUACGAAAUAAGUGGGAGCCCGAAGCCUUCCAGGAUCCAGGCUGGUGACAGACCCGACAACCAGUGGCUGCACUACAACAGCCAGAGCUUACCAAAGACCAGGGAGGCUUGGGAAUCCUGUUGUUUUGUGGAGAAAACACACUGGGGGUACUACACCUGGCCACAAACCAUGACAGUUUAUGCUCCUGCUGAGCACCAACCAAAGCUUGGCCGAAGGAGGGAUGAGCUGACAGAGGCAGAACAAAUUAUAUACGAUCACUUUUCUGAUCCCAAGUUUGUGGAGCAGUUAAUAAAAUUUUUGUCUUUAGAAGACAGAAAAGGAAAGGACAAAUUUAAUCCUCGCAGAUUUUGCCUCUUCAAGGGCCUUUUCAGGAACUUUGAUGAUGCCUUUCUGCCGGUUCUCCAGCCCCACCUGGAGCAGCUGGUUGCAGACUCCCACGAGAGCACCCAGAGAUGUGUGGCUGAAAUCAUAGCUGGGCUAAUAAGGGGUUCCAAGCACUGGACCUUUGAGAAGGUGGAAAAACUUUGGAAGCUUCUGUGUCCCCUGCUCCGAACAGCUUUAUCCAACAUCACAGUGGAGACCUACAAUGACUGGGGCACCUGCAUUGCAACCUCCUGUGAGAGCAGAGAUCCCAGGAAACUGCACUGGUUGUUUGAAUUGCUGUUGGAAUCUCCACUGAGUGGAGAAGGAGGAUCGUUUGUAGAUGCCUGCCGCCUGUACGUGCUGCAGGGGGGCCUUGCCCAGCAGGAGUGGAGGGUGCCAGAGCUGCUGCACAGGCUGCUCAAGUACCUGGAGCCCAAACUCACCCAGGUGUACAAAAACGUCCGGGAGAGAAUAGGAAGUGUAUUGACCUACAUAUUCAUGAUUGAUGUUUCCUUGCCAAACACUGCUCCAACUAAAUCUCCUCGUGUCCAUGAAUUCACUACCCGGAUACUUGAAAACCUCAAACCCCUCAUGGAGGCGGAUGAAGAGAUUCAGAAUCACGUGAUGGAGGAGAAUGGAGUUGGGGAACAGGAUGAGCGAACUCAGGGCAUUAAACUCUUGAAAACCAUUCUGAAGUGGUUGAUGGCGAGUGCGGGACGGUCUUUCUCUACAGCUGUCACAGAGCAACUCCAGCUUUUACCUUUGUUCUUCAAGAUUGCACCCGUAGAAAAUGACAAUAGUUACGAUGAGCUCAAGAGAGAUGCAAAGAUGUGUCUGUCGUUGAUGUCUCAGGGUUUGCUGUAUCCUCAGCAAGUGCCUUUGGUACUUCAGGUGCUAAAACAAACAGCAAGAAGCAAUUCCUGGCACGCCCGUUACACCAUACUGACCUACCUCCAGACCAUGGUGUUCUACAACCUCUUCAUCUUCCUCAACAACAGCGAGGCUGUCGAUGACAUCAGGUGGCUGGUCAUACAGCUGCUGGAGGACGAGCAGCUCGAGGUGAGGGAGAUGGCGGCCACCACGCUCAGCGGGCUCCUGCAGUGCAACUUCCUCUCCAUGGACCAGCCCAUGCAGACACACUUCGAGCAGCUCUGCAAGAUGAGGCUGCCCAAGAAACGGAAACGGGACCUGGGCUCCGUGGGGGACACCAUUCCUUCUGGGGAGCUGGUGAAGCGCCACGCCGGGGUCCUGGGGCUCAGCGCCUGCAUCCUCUCCAGUCCCUACGACGUGCCCACCUGGAUGCCCCAGCUCCUCAUGGAUCUCAGCGCCCACCUGAACGAUCCCCAGCCUAUUGAGAUGACUGUGAAGAAGACGCUGUCCAAUUUCCGGAGGACCCACCACGACAACUGGCAGGAGCAUAAACAGCAGUUCACGGACGACCAGCUCCUGGUGCUCACUGACCUCCUGGUCUCACCCUGCUAUUAUGCAUAGGUUUCUCCUGGGACAACGAGGAUAUAGGAACUUGUCUGCGAAAUAAAGGAAACUCAAAAGCAAUUGAUCAUGUAGAGAACUUUGUGUUGGAAAUCCUGAUGCCUAAUCAAACCCCACUUUAAAAUACAAACAUAAGGACCUGGUUCUACCCAAAAGGAAUUUCACCUCCCCAGGAAGCAGCUGUGGCAGCCCCACAGUCCUCUCGAGGCUGCGCUUGCAGGGCCUGAUCGUGAGUUCAUGGCAAGACCCUCCUCCUGGGCCUACACCACACAUCACUCUUGUUUCUGCUUCCUUGCACACGGUGACCUCCACUGCACACUUCCCACGCUCCUGUCCUGCCCCCGUUCCCAGCUGACUCCAGCAUUAAAGAUAUGCAGAACCGGAGAGUGCCGCGCCCCGGAGUCUUCCCUGUGGAGCUCUCCGUCCCUCCCCUGGUCAGCACACAAUCCCGGGAGCCUGCCUUCCUCAGAGUUUAUUUUUCACUCCUGGGAUUUGGGUCUCUCUCAUUCAGCCAGCUCAGGGCAGGAUUGCCUUUUUGUACCUUCCUCGUGCAAAUGUAAAUAGCUGAUGCCCGUGCGGUGCAGGUGGUGGCAGGCAGAGCGUGGGCAGUGACAGCUCUUGCUGCCUGGCCAGGCCUUUGGAGGGAACUUGGCCAUGGGUGGAAUAAAAAUCUGUGAUUAUCUGCGUAUGGGUAAGGGGAAAAGGCUGACUUCUCCGUGUAAUUAGAGCCCAAGAUAGGAAAUGAUGGACUGUAAGUGGUGGUUGAACUCAAGGAAUGAUGUGUAUGCACAGUGUGGAAAGGCAGUUUAUAACAGUGUAUCCUCAUAAAGAUUGUCACUGUUUGAGCAAACAUAUCUCGUUUGAAGAUUGUGGAAGCUCUGUGUUUUUUUGCCUGCAGCUUUGUUCAGAGACUGGUAUGAAUUGGCUGUUUAAUAACCUGUUUAAUAUGUGUUACAUAGUUGUAAAAGACUGUAUAAAUUGUAGAGGCAUUGCAUUGACAAAACAUUGUACAGUUUGCAACCUUUUACAUAACACCAUUGUGAGAUUAAUUUGUAAAGAUUCAUACUUAGAUGUUAAUACGGUAGUGGUUCUGGCUUUUGUAUCAAAUCAAAUGCCAUUCUUAGUUUUUUAAAUUAUUUUCUUUAACGGAAUCUCUCUUUGUGCCCGAGCGGCAGAGGGUUUGUUUUGGUUUUCCUGUAUCUCAUCCUGGCUGUGUCCCAUCCAGAUCUCACUGCACCACGUGUGGCCGUCUCUAAACGCUGCCAUCGCACCCCCAGGUGUGCUCCCCUCGUGGACCUGGAGUGUGUUCCAUCUCCCCCGCAGCCCCCGGGGCAGCGCUGUCAGCGCCCGGAUGGAUGUCCACGAUGUAUAGCGUAGUGCCAAACUCUGAGUUCCACUGUGUACCUAGUGAAAGACCCAAUAAACGGACUGUUUGUAACAACC